AUAUGCCUAAGAACAAUAGAUGAACACUGAGGACAAAAGGGACAUUUUUAUUUGAGCAAAAUGAAUUGUUUUUGGUACCUCGUUGUCUGCGUGCUUACCUCUAUCUACCUACCUACCCACCUAUAUAUCUAUUUAUCUGUAUCUAUAUAUAUACAUACAUAUAUAUAUAGGAGCCUAGGUUAGCAGAUAUGCAGGGUAGCCAUUGAAUAUCUUCUAUAAAAGCAUGAGAUUCUUCAUUUCUUGAAGCAGUUUAAAUUUCAUUCAGCAUAAGAGCUAGGCAGUCGGCAGCAACGAUGACCAACGGCAACAGCACCGCCACUCCAGCCGUCAUUACGUGCAAAGCUGCCGUGGUGUGGAAAUCCGGGGAGCCGCUUAAAGUCGAGGAGAUUCAAGUAGAUCCUCCCAAGUCGUCGGAAAUCAGGAUCAAGAUGCUCUGCGCCAGCAUGUGCCACACCGAUAUCCUCUGCAGCAACGGCCUACCCAUCGUAAGCAUCUAUCCCCAUUCGGAUAAAAAAUGUAGUUUUUCUGUUCCAUUUACGAUCCCUUCUUUCUUGCAGCCUCUGUUCCCUCGGAUCCCCGGACACGAAGGCGUGGGGGUCGUCGAGAGCGUCGGGGAUAACGUGCGCAACGUUAAGCCAGGCGACACCGUGAUGCUGCUCUAUCUAGGGGAGUGCGGAGAGUGUCUUAACUGCGGCUCGGGAAGGACCAAUCUGUGCCACAAGUACCCGCUCGGGUUCAGUGGCCUGAUGCCCGACGGCACGUCGAGAAUGUCCGUCGCCGGGGAGAUAAUAUACCACCACUUCAGCUGCUCGACUUGGUCCGAAUACGUCGUGAUCGAAGCUAAUUACGCUGUCAAGGUCGACCCGAGAGUCUCCCUCCCCCACGCCAGCUUCCUCUGCUGUGGAUUCACGACGGGGUUCGGAUCCACUUGGAGAGAAGUCAGCGUCGAGAAGGGCUCGACUGUUGCAGUUAUUGGGCUCGGCGCGGUCGGGCUAGGGGCCGUAAAGGGGGCUAAACAACAAGGGGCCUCGAAGAUAAUUGGGAUCGAUGUGAACACCUUCAAGCGCGAUAAAUCGAAGGCCUUCGGUGUUACGGAUUUCUUCAAUCCUAAGGAGACUAACAAAUCUGCGUCGGAGUUGAUCAAAGAUGCGACGGGAGGGCUCGGCGUGGACUACUGCUUUGAGUGCACCGGCGUGCCUGCCAUGCUAAACGAAGCGAUCGAGGGCUCAAAAGUGGGGCUGGGGACAGUGGUGUUCAUCGGGGCGGGGAUGGAGAAGAGCGGCGAGCUCGACUACAUACCCCUGUUGUGUGGGAGGACAGUGAAGGGAUCCAUCUAUGGUGGUGUAAGAACUCAGACAGAUCUCCCGAAAAUCAUCGAGAAAUGUGUGAACAAGGAAGUAGAUCUUGAUGAGCUGAUAACACAUGAGAUUAGACUGGAUGAAAUCAACAAAGGCUUCGAGUACAUGAAGCAGCCUAAUUGUAUUAAGGUUGUCAUCAAGUUCUAGAUCAUGCACUAAAUUUCAAUAUUCCUUUUUUUCCUUUGGAGGCAUUUUCAUCUUAUGUUCGAAGAUGUGGCUUGUGUUCUUUUACACAAAUAUUGUUAUGAAGACGAGUAUUUGAAUAUAUAAAAUAUUUAUAAAUGAUUAAUUUACAUGUU